CUUGCACGAAAAAAAGCUUGUCGACAUCGGCACGUCAAAUUUCUGUUUCUGUGCUCCGCUCGCAUUCUUUGUUUGGCAUUUUUAACAGUUAAAAAGUGGCCGACUAAGAUUUUUAGUAAAUUGUUUAAAGUUCGGUUGCUAUGGAAACAGGUCACUUGGCAGGCUCCGAUGUUGUUGCAGAAUUCACUACCUCCCAAAGUCUCAUAACAGCCGCGGAUGCUAGUAGCGAUCAGAAACGUCGAAGUUCGUCGCGUUCGAUAAAACGUAAGCGUUUCGAUGACGAAAUUGUAGAGUACAGUUUGGGAAUUCAACCUUCUCAGAUAAACCGGGUUGGACGUUCACGUACCCAGUCGCAGUCUCAGCAAGCGACAGCGGCCGUAGGACCGCAGCAGACCUUUGUCCAGUCAGAACCUAUUGUUUCGACGCCAACCACCCCGGCUCCGAUAACGCCGCAGCCGGCAACCCCGAUACUAGCCGCUCCACCAAGCACCCCGCAGCCCGUGGUUCCACAGGUUCCGGUCGCAAUGCCGACUCACGAGCGGCGCAAAAGCAAUAAGAGCAGCAAGAAAAGCCGCAAGUCUCGCGGCACUAACCAGCUUUCCACGAAGGAUUUGGGUCGGUGGAAACCAAUUGAUGACUUGGCCCUGAUAAUCGGCAUCCAGCAAACCAAUGACCUGCGGAUGGUGCAUCGCGGGACAAGGUUCUCGUGCAAGUUCACCAUGCAAGAAAUGCAGUCGCGAUGGUACUCGCUAUUGUACGAGGAACCGAUUUCCAGAAUUGCAGUGGCCGCGAUGAGAAAUUUGCACCCUGAAAUGGUCGAGCAUGUUCAGAGCCGGGCACUCUACACAACGCUGGAAGAGGAGUUACUAGGAACCGUUAAAAGUACUGAAAAUCCCACAGUGGAAACAUUCCAAGAGUUACUUGACAAAAACCCGGCCGCGUUCUACCCAGCACGCACAGCAAAAGCGCUUCUAAACCAUUGGACCCUAAUGAAGCAAUAUUCUCUGUUGCCCGAUCAAACAGUUAAGCCAAUUCCAGUUGAGGACCACACAUUGAGCUUUUCCGAUGCCGAAGAAAUGCUCAACGACAACGAUCUUCUCGACCACAAAGAUGAAGCGUUAGAGAUUGAACUUGCUCUGGCCGAUCGAAAAAAUAAGAAGGAAAUUCGCCAUCUGGAAAACGAAUUGAGUCGUUGGACAGUUUUGGUUGAUUCUCUGACAGGCAUUGGUUUCACACCCGAAUUCGAUAACCAAACGUUGGCUGUACUACGAGGGCGCUUGGUCAGGUACUUAAUGAGAUCCAAGGAGAUUACAUUUGGACGGAGUGCAAAGGAUAUGACUGUGGACGUGGAUUUGUCACUGGAAGGACCAGCUUAUAAGGUAUCACGGAAGCAGGGAACUAUUAAGCUGCGCAGUAACGGCGAUUUUUUCAUAUCGAAUGAGGGAAAGCGUGCGAUCUACAUUGACGGAAUGCCUUUGCUGCAAGGCAACAAAUCGAGAUUGAAUAAUAAUUGUGUUGUGGAGAUUGCCGGUCUCCGAUUCGUGUUCCUAGUUAAUUAUGAUCUAAUAAAUGCGAUACGGCACGAGAGUGCCAAAACUACUGUACCAUUAAAUUGAUUUAAAUAAGACUCCAGAAGUUAGUAAUAAUUUGAUCAUUGUAUAUAAUCCACAAAUCAUUAUUGAAUAAAUGUCAUUUUACUCUGAAUAAGACUAAA